CAGUAAUCCACAACUGUAUUCGCGGCCAUGAGUGUGGCCUUUCAGUCAGGUGUAACUCGUAGUUACAUUUGACGCUCAGGAGAGGCGUAAAUGUAUCUUUUGGAGUUUUAGCUACAACUCCUAUCCAUCGCUUUGACCACAGUAAAAACACUUCCACGUGAACAGCUAUAAAUAGAAUAACAGUCGAGUAAUGAUUGCGUUACUAAAGGUUUGGAUCUCAUGAGGAAAGAUCUUUACACUUGUCGCCGUCGAUGCUCGCGGACGUACUCAGCGAGGUAGGAUUUGGGAGGAGCAGUUCCGGUAACUGUGCUAAAGGGAACUUGAAAUAAUUUCGAAAGCAAUUUUUCGGCUAUCACACGUGGUCUUUCAGUUUUAGGAGAUGUUAGCUUCCGCAGUUUACUCGGCUUAAAUUUUUUGCAGCUUCAUUUCUUUUUAACGUUUCCACGAUUCAGACUCGAAGUUAUUUCACUCAUUUUAUUUUGAUAUCUUAUGUAACGAGAAAAUGAACAGCAUCAACGGGUUGUUGUUAUUGGAGAAAUCUUUUCCGAAUGAUUCUCGUUUUUUCACAUUGGCUUGCCGAAAAUUCUCCGUUCGAAUUACGACGACGAACUCCCAAUUCUUCGCAUGCUGGUUAGACAUAAUACCACUUACGAGAGUUUUUGAACUUGCUGAAGUGCCAGCACUUCGUUUGAUAUAAAUUCACCUCUUUGUACAGACUUCGACUAAAUAUUAUUUUGAAUUUAGUGAAGGUCACUACAAUAUUCUAACCACCAAAUUUGUAGCAAUCAAUUAUUUAAUUCGGUGUUCCGUCCUGAUAAAUCCCUAUUCAAGCUGAGGAUUUCAUUACUUCGCCAUAUUUGAAGACAAUUUUCUCUCAAGUUCUAAUAUUUUUCAACUUAACUUUUCAAAAGAUUUCUUGUUGGAAAUCAAGAUUAAAAUGGGAGGCACGAUAUUGUGUUUACAUACUUAGAGCUUAAUUUAUGCAAAGUAAAACCUUUGCUGAUUCAUUGUAACGAAUGGAAAUACACUCGCAGUUUGCUGCAUUUCAUUUGUUGUUGUUCUAGGCCAAUACAAGCUGUUAUCUUUUCAAAACCCUCUACCUUACUUAUGAGAACAGGCAAGCUGUAGGGUGAGGUCGUUGUAUCAAGUUUUUGGAGGCUUAUAUUUUUGCAAAUUUAGCUCGGAAAUAACCCCAAAAGCAACAGCACUGUAAUAACAUUUUCCCUUUUUGUUUACAGUAGUCUGCUUUGAACAAGAACCUGUCACUCAAAUGUCGCUGUAUUCCUGUGACGAUGAAUAUGAAGUAGUGGUGAUAGGUAAGUAUAUGUUGUUCUAAAAUGCCCAGAUUUCAAACAUAAAAUUGAAUUUGUACUUGCAUUUGAAUUUUCCUCAUUAAAAUAUAGAAUUAUACCAUAUACAUGGAGUCUUCCUCAGGAAAAUGUAGGUAAACAGAUACUGUUAACACCUGACAAUUCACACGAGUUUUCGAGUAGCAGUUUUUCUAAUUAAAAUACAUGGCCAGAUUUGUGGAUCUAAUUCAUCCCUUCAUCCUGCUAUAUUCAUUUCUAGGACAUUAGACUGACCAAAUUGUAAUUAUCAGAUUGCGUGCAUUUUGUUAGACAGAGUGCAAAUUAUGUUCCCACGAUCCAUGCCUCAAAGAGUCGGUAAUCUAUUUCAAGCUUCUUUGCACAAGAAUGCUACUAACUGGGCAGUGUGUAAUCAAGGAAAACUUCAACUGUUUAUUUGUCAAAUUCAGAGUAGAGGUGUUUUUUUUUUUUUUUUUUUUUUUUUUUUUUUUUUUUUUAGGUAAUCUAGGAAAUAGGCUCUAAUACAAUUUCAGUAUUACUGAACCUGAAUCUUUGUUUUUCCUUAUAUUUUUCAAUCCAGUUGGCAAAUGCUUCUACAAUAGCAAUGUCUUGCCCAAAGGCUACUGAUCUCUGCAAACAAUGCAAGUCAUGAAUUCCUAAAACAUUAUAUAGGUUGUCCGUGCAUUAGGGUUCUCUAGCCUUUGAUCAUGUUAUCAGUGGGUGAUGAGUGACUUGAAUGAUUGGCUAAUUUUCUUAGUAGUUGUUUCAGAUUGUAGGCCUCCCUCCUGCAAGCACAAUUUGCAAAAUAAUAACCUUCUCGGCACGCAAACUAUGCCUGGGAAUUUAUUUGUGCUUAUUUUUCUUGGUUAUGCUCUGAAAAACAACUGCUACAAUUACUCUGCAUAAUUUUUUUGUCUUAUUUGUAUUCAAGAUUUGUGUUGUAAAUAAAUGAAAACAAACAAAAAAAAAAUCAGUUUAAUUUGUUUAUUUCAAUGCAUUUGAAUUCACACCCCAUGCUAAGAAAAUGCAAAAUUACCAUAGUUUUUUAAUUUGCCAAUCUUAAGAUGGAAAAUCAGAAACAAGAAUUAAUUGACCUUUAUACCUCAAAAUGUGUUUUUGCCAGUUCACUCUACUACCAUUUUCAAUACAUUGUAGAAUGGGCAGGUGAUGAGUAUGGUAAAAGUUGUCAACAAGGAAAUAGGGUCUUGUUAAAAGUAAAAGAAAAUAAAAAGAUAAAUGUGGCUUUAGAUGAGAUCAUAACUGUCAGAUCCCUGGGUGAAAGGGUAAUAUGCACAAUUAAUAUGUUAAAUGAUUUUAUGAUCUUUGUGUAUUGAUUAUCUGAAAAAAAUUGAUGUUGUUGACCCUCUUUGUUUUGCAGGAAAUGGUCCUAGUGCUUUAAGUCUGUCCUAUUUGUUAUCUGGAAAUGUACCAUACUACAUUCCUCAUCAGCAUCCAAAUGUUAUUCUUGACCAGAAGCUGUCCGAGGAACCUGGAAAAUCACUGCUGGACACUGUAAGUUUAACCACAGAUUAAAUGAAACUAGCCAAACAAUUUUAAGGGAAGUUUAAUUUCCUUCUUGCCUUUUCAGCAUAUAAUGGCUCAAUUUCCUGCCUGAUUGAUUAAGUCAGUUGUGAAAUGAUCAGUGAUGGAAUAAUUUGGAUCAUUGAUAAUUGAUGGUUAAUGGUAGUUUUUUCAGUUUAGAGAUGUCUUUCAAAAACACUUAUUUCCUCACAUUCUCAUUUUCAUUUUCUCAUCACAAGAAACAGUGAGUUAGUAAUGUAGUGAAAAUAGCAAGAGAAAAUCUCAUUUAUUUUAAAUGCAAGUGAUAUCGAAUUUUUUUGUCUGAAACAUUUUUAGGAUUUGGAGUACUUGAGUGAGGGAUUAGAAGGGCGCUCUUUAAAUCCUGUUGCCCUGUUGUUUGACCAGUUACUACGACCCAAUGCUGACCUGGGUAAAGACCAAGGUUCGUGUCUCAAGUGGCAUCACAAUGAAAACAGAGCUGUGAAACAUCUGGUCAUGGGGAGCGGGCCCCCUGGAGGAUCUUGGCAUCAUAUGCAGGGAUCCCAGCUGACCCUCAGCCUUAAUAACUGGCUUGAAUUACCAGGGUGUGAUUUUCAAGACUGGUUGAGGGCUCAUCGUUCUUCAACUGUGCGCAAACCAUGUAAUCUUGUUACAAAUGGAGUGAAAAGUGAUGGUUACAGUUAUGAUCGGGCAACAACAAGCCACAUUGCGGAAUACUACAAGGACUAUGUCAAUUAUACCAACAUUGCAUCAAACUUUUGGAAUGAUGCCAAGGUGUUGUCAGUCAAACGUGUAAAUCCUGCUGAUUAUACUAACUGCCACUGCAGAAUGUCUAGCAUUCACAGAGAAGGCUGCUGGGAAAUUCAAGGUGUUAGGGAGACUUUUCCGAGCAUGCCUGAACUGUUUGUUGUGCAUGCAUACAAUGUUGUCCUUGCCACAGGAAACAAUGUCCCAAAGCUGUUAGGAAUUCCUGGAGAAAACCUUCCAUUUGUCUGCCACAAGAUGGAUCAUAUAGACAGUUAUUUAGGAGAACUUAGUGAGAUUGCCCAUUCAAUGGACCCAUGUCUGGUAGUAGGGGCAGGAUUAUCUGCUGCUGACUGUGUCUUAGCUCUGCGCAAUAAGGGUGUCCCAGUCAUCCAUGUGGUGCGCCGGAAUGGAAAUGAUCCUAAAAUCAUUUACAAUCAGCUACCUGGUGUGGUGUAUCCAGAGUACUACAAAGUGGGCCAAAUGAUCAAAGGUGAGGUGACCACAGCAUAUGGAAAAGAUUCCUCCUAUGUGGCUUACACCAAGACUACCCUAGUGGAGAUUCGUAAAGACAAAGAGUGCAUUCUGAAGAAGGCUGAUGGAACCCUCUUUAAGCAGAAGGUCUCGAAUGUUUUUGUGUUGGUUGGUGCAGUUCCAGAUCUUUCUUUCCUGUCUGAUGUCAAUACUAGUGAACUUGGAAGUAAUCCUGCAAAGAAAGUUGAUAGCAAGGAGAAUCCUAUCAAUAUUAAUCCCUUUAGUUAUGAGACUGUUCUGGAACCAGGCUUGUUUGCGGUUGGCCCUCUGAUUGGAGACAACUUUGUCCGCUUUGGCAUUGGAGGUGCACUAGGUAUUGCAAAUCAUCUCAUGAGGGAAGAGGAAUAGUUUUCUCUCUGAACCUGGGGGAAAAAAACUUAGCUCAUGGUGGAAUACAAGAUUUAUUUAAAUAUUUAGAUGUAAUUUUUAUUAACUUUAUUCUAAUUUAAUAAUUUGUUGGUAAGACCUCAAAAAACCAAUCUUCCCUUUUUUUAAAAAUGUGGUGCAAAAAAUCAGAUUAAUAGAUAUCUUUAAGGUUGAAACAAUUACAUCCAACUCGUAGUUCAAUGUUAUGCUUCACUAAAAUUUUCCAUAUCUCAUUUACUGGUAAUUUUAGACUCAAAUGAGACAAGGUCAAAUUGCUGUCCAUCAUCAAGUUGAACACUGGAAGUUGUUAAGUUUCAUGUGUUCUUUUGGGUGGCUGAUAUGACCUCAGCCUUUAACAUACUGGGUAAUUGUGUUAAUGAUAUUGUUGUGUAUAAAUUGUGUAUAACCCUUACAUUGUAUCUUGAACAGUAGAAGUUUUUUCUUUGUGUAGUUAUGGGGCAGUGAUCUAUGAGGUGCCAGAGUGCAUCAAAGAAAAAUUGGACUACUUUAAUUGUCAAAUUACAGUACUUUUGUUUUUAUUUACAGUUUUUAUAGGGAGCCAUUUAUUUCUCUCCAAAUUUUUGUAUUUUGGCUGUGAUUGUUCAAAUAAAGUUUCCUACAGAGAACUUGUGCAACAUUUGAAGGCAAUGUAACAACUUGUCAUCAGUGAAUUGUAAAAUUUUUAACUUAAAGAGUUGGACCUAUAAGUUCAUUUUACUAAACGACUAGCAAAGGCUAGAAGACUUGUAUUUAUUCCACCAUAAUAUAUAAAAGGCUUGUAGUUUGCUGGACAAAAAACACCUUUCAUUAAAAAACUGGAUUUGUCUUAUUAUUGGCUGGUUUAUUCUUUAAAUCUAUGGAACAUUGGUUAAUGUCAGUCAAUGAUGUUACCUCAAGGUUUGGUCUUGGUGAGAAACCUCUG